AUGUCGUCCAACAUGACGACACAGGCGGCCGUCAACAACCGCUACGACAGCCCUGUGUACCAGGUCUCAUGGUCGAUGGCCCUGGCCCUCACCUUGGUCGCCUACGCAACGGCCUGCUCGUUUCUGCGCUUCCGCCGCUUCAAGGACGUGCAUGCGCGCUUCAAGUACCCGGAUCGCGAGUCGUUCUCGCGCAUGACAAACGAAGACGCUCAAGCCAUCGUUCAUACCAUGAGCUCGUGGGAGUGUCCGCUCUUCUUCGACCUCGGUCUGCGAUAUGCCCUCUUCAAGACAUAUGCCGUCGAUAGCAUCGCUGGUCUUUUGGUGGCCGUAAGCGAUCUAGCUCGACCCGACCAGGCCCCAAAGAGAUACGAAGAUACCGAGAUCAUCUUUGUCGCCUUCGCGCAGUUCCAUCCCAACUCCCCACUGCUGCACCAGGCCGUCGCGCGCAUGAACUACCUCCACGCGCCGUACAUCAAGUCCGGCAGGAUCACCAACGAGGACCUCGUCUACGUGCUCUACACGGCCAUGGUCGAGCCCAUCAGGUUCUUCCGGCUGUUCGAGUGGCGCGCCAUGUCCGAGAUGGAGGAGGCCGCGCAGUGCACGCUGUGGAAGUACGUCGGCGACAUGAUGGAGAUUGACUACGCCGCGGUGCUGGGCAAGGACCGCUGGGUCGACGCCCUCGAGUUCCGGGACGACGUCACGCGGUGGGCUUGCAAGUACGAGGAGGUGCAUGUCCGGCCCAGCCCCGAGGUAGAGCGCCUGGGCGAGGUGCUCAUCGACUUGCUGCUGUCCGCGUAUCCCCAGAUGGCCCGGCCGCUCGGCUACCAGCUCGUGUUGGUCCUUUUGGGGGAGAAGCUGCGAUACGCCUUCAGGCUUCCUGAACCUGGCGUCGCCGUCACGGCAUUCGCCUACUCCCUGCUGCUCCUGCGCAAGCUCUUCCUACGGUUCCUCGCGCUGCCGCGGCGCAAUCCCAUAAACUACCUGUCCAACUCCCCCGACCCCAAGACGGGUCGGAUGGCGCACACCCGCUACCUCAAGGAGCCCUGGUACACGCCCGCCACCUGGUCGGCUCGCUGGGGCCCCGUGGCGCUGGCGACGAGGGCGUACGGCGGCAUCGUGCCCGGCGACAAGCCCGAGAUGAAGCCCGAAGGCUUCCUCUGGGCAGACUUGGGGCCGCUGAGCAAGAUGGGCAAAGGCGCCGACGAGGCGGCCGAGCUGGGACAGCGCGUGAGCAGGGUCGCAGAGCGAAAAUGCCCCUUUUCCAUGUCUGCCAAGGCGUGA